AUGAGCUAUAACAACGACAUACACUCGCCGAACGAGAUGGUGGUGGACACCGACGAAUACGUCGGCGUCGCCGAUGCGAAGGAGCCCAUCGCCAUCAUCAACCCAGAUAACCUCGACAAUGAGGCCGAGCAGCUACAAGACCUACCGCUGGCAAACGACUACGAUGCUAUGAAGGACGGCAUCUUCCCACAUCUCCACGAAGAGCCCCGUGUGCUUGAAGAUGUGGUCCACACAUGGACUGUCGAGGCCUGGAGGUCAAUGUCAAAGAAAGAACAUGGUCCCGUCUUCCAGGCUGGUGGUUAUCCAUGGCGCAUCCUCCUGUUCCCUCACGGCAACAACGUGGACCAGUGUUCCAUCUACCUCGAACACGGAUUCGAGCCCACCAACAUCCCCGAGAACUGGAGCUGUUGUGUUCAGUUCGCGCUGGUGCUAUGGAACCCGAACGACCCGAGCUUAUAUACCCACCACACGGCUCACCACCGCUUCACUAAGGAGGAAUCUGAUUGGGGCUUUACGAGGUUCCUUGAGCUCCGCAAGAUGUUCAAUGUGCCUUGUGAGGGUGGCAGCCGGCCGUUGUGUGAAAACGAGACUGCGAACAUCACCGCCUACCUCCGUAUUGUUGAAGACGAGACGGGUGUUCUCUGGCACAACUUCAACAACUACGAUUCCAAGAAGGAAACCGGCUAUGUUGGCCUGCGCAACCAAGGCGCUACCUGUUACCUCAAUUCGCUUCUUCAGUCAUUGUAUUUUACCAACGCAUUCCGAAAAGCCAUUUAUGAAAUCCCAACGCAAUCCGAGGAGAGUAUGACCAACAGCGCUUACACCUUGCAGCGCCUCUUCUAUCAGCUUCAAACCUCUGAGACGGCUGUGGGAACAAACGAACUGACCAAGUCUUUCGGUUGGGAGACGCGACACAUUUUCGAGCAACAAGACGUCCAGGAGUUGUCGCGCAAGCUCAUGGAACGAAUGGAAGAAAAGAUGAAGGGCACCCCGGCCGAGCACGUCCUCCCCCAAAUGUUCAGUGGAAAGAUAAAGACUUACAUCUCCUGCGUCAAUGUCGAUUACGAAUCCAGCCGCAUUGAGGACUUUUGGGACAUCCAGCUGAACGUGAGCGGAAACAAGAACCUCUUGGAGAGUUUCCAGGACUACGUUCAGGUCGAAAAGAUGGACGGAGAGAACCAGUACUAUGCUGGCGACGAGCACAAGCUUCAGGACGCCAACAAGGGUGUCAUUUUCCAGAGCUUCCCUAAUGUUCUGCACUUGCAGCUCAAGCGAUUCGAGUACGAUAUCCAACGCGACACGAUGAUGAAAAUCAACGAUCGAUACGAGUUCCCUGAGGUUUUCGAUGCUUCUCCCUACCUCUCCGAGGACGCAGAUAAGUCGGAGUCUUGGACGUAUCAAUUGCACGGUGUACUCGUCCACAGUGGUGACCUGAACGCUGGUCACUACUAUGCGUUCCUGAAACCUGAGAAGGAUGGAUGGUUCUACAAGUACGACGAUGAUAAGGUCACCAAGGCUACGAUGCGUGAGGUUCUCGAGGAGAACUUUGGCGGAGAAUACAGGACCAACCCUGCCAACCAUCUCCGAGCUCCCCUGCAGAAGAAGACGCCUGUCCUGCGCCAAAACAGUGCAUACAUGUUGGUAUACAUUCGCCAGUCACGCCUGGACGACAUUCUCUGCCCUGUCACAAAAGAAGACAUCCCCAUGCAUUUGCGAACAAGAUUUGAGGAGGAAACCGCCCUUCGAGAGGCGAGGCGCAAGGAGAAAGAGGAGCAACAUCUCUACAUUGGUGUCAAGGUCAUUACAGAACAGACCUUCAAGAACCACGGUGGCACAGAUCUGACCUCAUUCGAACCCGAACAAGCCGAAUCCGAGGCAGCGCCGCGGUCUUACAGAGUUCUCCGGCAGUCGACAAUGGAGGAGCUGGUGGCGACCAUUGCGAAGGACAUUGACCAAGAUCCUCGCAAGGUGCGUCUCUGGAUCAUGGUGAACCGCCAAAACAAGACAAUUCGCCCCGAUCAGCCCAUAAUGGACUUGCGGCCUACCGUGGAGGAGUGUUUCCAAAGAGCGGCAGCGCACCGGGACCAGUUCUUGAGAGUCUGGGCCGAGGUUGCUGAGGAGACAACGCCCGAAGGCGAAGCCGUCUGGCCUACUUACCAGGGACAGCUUAACGGUGUUGUUGUAAAGAACGACCUCAUCCUUCUAUUCCUCAAACACUUUGAUGUUGAUGAGCAAUCUCUCCACGGCAUCGGCCAUGUUUACAUUAGCAAGGAGAAGAAGGUUGAGGAGCUGGUACCGAUUAUCAUGAAGAAGAUGGGCUGGGGCGACAAGCUGCCGUCCGAUGAGAAGAUUUCCCUCUGGGAGGAAAUUAAGCCGACUAUGAUCGAGGCCUUGAAGGCUAAGCAAUCUCUCAAGGCCGCAGAACUGCAGGACGGCGACAUCAUCUGCUUCCAGCGAACAACAGAGCGCAAGGGUGACAGGAACAUUCUUGAGAAGCACCUGGGUCUGGGCGAUAAGCAAGUAGCAGACCAGCCAAUCAAGAAGACAGACCGCUUCGAUGACGCGCGAGAAUACUACGACUUCCUUCAUAACAAGAAGACGGUGAAGUUCCACGCUCACCCGACUCGUUGCAACGCCGAGAAGUACCCUCCUUUCGAGCUGGUUCUGAACUCCAAGAUCAGCUACGAUGUGCUUUCGGAGCGCGUUGCCGACAGGAUAGGCGUUCCGCCCACACACAUCCGCUUCUGGACCGUCAACUCGGCCACUGGAAACCCCAAGACCACGGUUAAGCGUGGUGUCAAUCAGAGUUUGCAACUCAUCCUGAACCCGACCAAUUACAACCAGUUGAGCACCAGUCAACGGACCGACGCCUUCUAUUUCGAGGUUUUGGAUAUGAGUCUUGCUGAGUUGGACACCAAAAAGAGUGUAAAGAUCACAUGGCUUAGUGAGGGUAUUACAAAAGAGGAGCAAUUUGACCUUCUCGUGGCGAAGAACGGAAACAUUGAGGAUUUGAUUCAAGUCUUGGUCAAGAAGGCAGGCAUUCCUGAUGAAGCCGAGGGCGGUCGCAUUCGGGUAUACGAGACCAGCAGCCACAAAUUCUACCGCGAACUGCCUCGAGAAUACCCUGUCAUUAGCAUGAACGAUUAUACCAACGUCUUCGCGGAGCGGGUUCCCGAAGAGGAACUGAACGAGGAGGAGGCGAACAACUUUAUCCAGGUGUUCCACUUUCAGAACGAGCCCAGCAGAGUUCACGGUGUUCCUUUCAAGUUCUUGCUUGUCGAGGGUGAAAAAUUUGCGGACACAAAGAAGCGCCUUGAAAAGCGUACUGGCCUUAAGGGCAAGAGCUUCGAGAAGAUCAAGUUUGCGGUGGUUAAGAGGUCCCACUUCUCCAAGCCACAAUACUUGAACGACGAUGACGAACUGUGGAACGUGGCUACUAACGAUGAUGACUAUCUCGGCUUGGAUCACGUUGACAGGACAAGAUCACUGAGAAACGGUGUGGGUGACCUGUUUUUGCGGUAA